UUAGAAGUAAGCCACUGUUAGGUUUCUCUCUCAUAUUCAGCAUCUCCAAAUCUCAUCAAUUCUUUUUGGUUUUAAAUUCUUUUAAAUUUAUUAACACUCUUAAUUCCCACAGAUUUCACCCUAAAAUGGAUCCACUUAAUGCUUGAGUUAUGGUAAAAAAUAAACAAGUUUGUUGACAUCAUUUUUCAAGCCCCAGUCAGAUGUUGCAAGUAGACUUGUCUCCCUUAAACAUACCAUUUUGGAUAAAAAUGGGAAUUAGCUUUAGUCGCUGGUGUAGAGCAUCUAAACUCUCUGCCUGGCUCUGGAGGCUUUUGUACCCUAGAGAGCACUGUUUCUGCUACCCAAGCUUACCCACCUUUCCACCUAAGCCUGUUCCUAAGGUCCUCCAUGCGUCCUUGCUCUGGAGUCUUCAAUUAUACCAAGUUUUAGUUUCUAAUUAAUUUUGUUCUUUAAGAGUUUUUUCGAAGUCCAUAUCCUGGGUGCAGCCUUUGAUCACCUCUUCCAGUUGACCCCUUGUUCUAAGAGCUUUCUAUUUCCCAGUCUCAGACCUGAUUACAUAUUGUUUUGUAUGCUUUUUUUUUAACCCAUUGGAUCUGUGACUGAUGUGUUUCCCUUGUUUCCAGCCGGGUUCCUAGAGGGAAAGCAAUGUUUCUAAUACUUCUAGUGCUGUGUACACAGUAUUUAAUAAUUGUUGAUAAUACUUUAGCAGAGAAGAAAUAUUUCUUACAGUCUCGUGGGAGAGACAUUAAGUAAACAGACUCUAAAUCUGCUAAGUCCUACAAAGGGUAUAGCAGCACUCUGAGAAAAUGAUGGCAUUGAUGGGAUGACGGUGAUGUGUGUGUCAUUUAGAGUUUCAGGCAAAGCCUGUGAAGUGACAUUUCGACUGAGAUCUAAAGGAUCAAUAGGCAUCAAGCAGGUGACUAAUGAGAGGAAGAAUAUUCCAGGAAGAGGGAAUAGUGCAGUAGAAGACCCUAAGACCUGGAAGAAGGAGUAUGGCUAGCACACAGGGAGCAUCUGGGAAGAAUGGAGUGGGAAGAAGUGGUAUGGAAGGCCCGGCUCAUAUCGUGGCACUGAAGGCACUGGUUCUGGUCAUUUGCUAUUACAAACAAUCUGCAGUGAGUAAUCUUGUGUAAAUAUCAUUUCACAACUGUGCAUGGAAAUCUGAAGAGUAAAAUCCCAAACUGGAAUGCUGAGUAGUGUGUACAUUUGCAAUUUUGGAGAACUGAAUGAAAAUUCUGUAGAGACUCUUCAAGAGAAAGGACUUAGGGAUCUUUUACAUGAAGAGCUUUCCUACUGGCUAAUUUUGGAAAAGAUGGCUAAUACAAUAACUGGGAGUCAGGAUUAUAUUGUGAAUCUUCAAGAGGAAGUGUAUGAAGACCCAGAACUAGAUCAUUCCGCUUGUCAAAAGUGGAGAGAAGCUUCUUCUCGUAUUUCUAGAAAUAAGAACAUGGUAACUCUUCAAAGUGAUGAUUUAAAAAAAAAGGAAAAUGAAGAAUAUCUGUCUUUGAAAGUCCCAAGCCAAAUGUCCACACAGGACUCUUCGGUGAAGUUCUGUAAGAAUGAGCCACAGGAUUCUAAGGAAAGCAAAAGUCUCUUUGUAAUUGAAGAAAGUACUCAGAGAAAAGUGAUAUGGGGGGAAAGUCCUCCCAUGGACCAUUGUUCAGACAACCUUCAAGUUAAACUUCUGUCAGAUGUAACAGAACUGGUCCCUCCAUUGUUCAGUGGUGAGGCAAUCUGCCACAAUAGCCAGUUGAAAGAAUCCUUGGAUCCCUUUGACUAUACCCAUAAAGGCAUUUAUGGUUGUAAAUCACAGUUUGUCAGUUAUUGUCAUCAGAAGGCUCAUAUAAAUGAGAAACUUUGUAACUGUAAUGACUGUGGAAGAAUACUUAAGAUCAGCCCAAAGGUUCAUCCAUAUGAGAGAAUCCGCUCAGAAGAGAAACUACAUAAAUGUGUUCAGUGUGGUAAGGACUUUAGUCAGAGCUCAGAACUACUACGUCAUCAGAGAGACCACACAGAAGAAAAACCCUAUAAAUGUGAGCAGUGUGGGAAGGGCUUCACAAGGAGCUCGAGUCUCCUCAUUCAUCAAGCAGUCCAUACAGAUGAGAAACCUUAUAAGUGUGACAGGUGUGAGAAGGGCUUCACAAGAAGCUCAAGUCUACUCAUUCAUCAUGCAGUUCAUACAGGUGAGAAACCUUAUAAAUGUGACAGGUGUGGGAAGGGCUUUAGUCAGAGUUCCAAACUGCACAUCCAUCAGCGAGUACACACUGGAGAGAAGCCCUAUGAGUGUGGUGAGUGUGGUAUGAGCUUCAGUCAGCGCUCUAACCUACACAUCCACCAGCGAGUCCACACAGGAGAGAGGCCCUACAAAUGUGGAGAGUGCGGGAAGGGCUUCAGUCAGAGUUCAAACCUUCAUAUUCAUCGGUGCAUACACACCGGAGAGAAGCCUUACCAAUGCUAUGAGUGUGGGAAGGGCUUCAGUCAGAGUUCAGAUCUUCGCAUCCAUCUCCGAGUCCACACUGGAGAGAAGCCCUAUCAUUGUGGCAAGUGUGGGAAAGGAUUUAGCCAGAGUUCCAAACUCCUCAUUCAUCAGAGAGUACAUACUGGAGAGAAGCCCUAUGAGUGUAGCAAGUGUGGAAAGGGCUUCAGCCAGAGCUCCAACCUUCACAUCCACCAGCGGGUUCACAGAAAAGAUACCUGUUAAAUGAUGUGAGCCCACUAAGGUCUUCAGUCAGUGCUUGUACUGUAAAGACUUAAAUAUUUUUAACAACACUCUUACCUUUAUGUUCUACAAAGGGGAGAAAUAGUGAAGAUUAUUCAGAUAUGUUCCUUCACUGAAAAGCAUUCAUUUAUUUUAAAAGUAAUUUAAGUACCAAGCACUUUUUAUGCUAUACAAAGAAUAGAUUGCUGUGGUUCCUCAGAUGAAGAGAGUGAAAACACUUGUACUCAAUAAUUGAGCCAGUGUUACUAGAGCUACACAUCCUGCCCAACAUUUUUAACCAGGAGAACUUUAUAUUUGUCCAACCAGGACAUGGUUCCCUUGCUCACAUUCUCUAACAAAUUGGAACUCUGGUGUCUCCUCAAAUCACGUGCCUUGUGGUUUUCCAUACUUCCUUCUGGCCCUGAGUAGCGCACUCUAAACUGAUUGUGUAAUAUGCCAGUUUUAGGCUGAGGGGGUGGUUGGCAGUAUGAUGGACAUGGAAACUCUUGGGUUUAUUGCAAAAAUACAUAACAGGCUGCAGCUACACAACAAGGAAUGGAAUAAUUAGUCAUGUAGUACAUCCCCAUACACUAUUUUGGCAGGAUGUUGAGUAUCCCUCCCUCCUCCCUGAAGCAACUGUUCAGGAACAUAAAAGACAACUGUCGUCUCAUCAGUUCUCACUUAUGGUGACCCCAUGUGUGUCAGAGUAGAACUAGGCUCCAUAACGUUUUCAGUGGCUGCUUUUUUUCAGAAGUAAAUCUCCAAGCCUUUCUUCUAAGGUGCCUCUGGGUGGACUCAAACCUCCAGCCUUUCAGUUAGCAGCCAAGCACAUGAACCGUUUGUACCACCCAGUGACUCCUCAGGAAUAUAAGUAGUUCUUUUUCCUAGGUGUGGCUAAUUUACUGGUGUACUUCCAAAUCUCACGACGUCAGGUGACCUCCCCCAAACUAAAGCCAAGUAGGGUACAUACACCAUGUUGAAACAUGUCAAGUGAAAUAUAUUUAAGGAUAUUUAAUUCCUCUCAACACUUUUCUAUCUUGUUUCCUUAAUCUUCUUCUCCACCAUGUUCUAUACUAAGCAAAACAAAGGAAAAGUUUGAUAUUUUUCUUUUCAGCUUACCUCUUUUUAUAAUAUUUGAUGUAUAGUACCCCAAAAUAGUCAUUUGACUUUUUACAGCAUCCCCAGCCUCCUUAGAAUUCACUGUGGACAUCUGACACAUAUUUGUACAAUUUUUAUAUUUGGCUAGAAGUACAUCAUAUAAAAAUAGCUACACAGAUUUUUGUUUUUUUCAUUCAAGGCAUAAAGUACUAUUGUACAAAAUAGAACCACCCAGUUAGAAUGAUCAGGGAAGUUUGCAUGAAAGAGAGACAAUUUAAGGUUUUUUUUUUAACAUACUUAAGAACUGUAUUUAGAGAGUAUGUUUGGGAAGGGCAGACUUAUCAUUGGGUAUUACGGGUGGAACUGGAUGUGGGGAUCGGUACCUCAGAGUUAGGCAUUCAUCUCCUAGGAGUUACUAAAGUUCAUGCAACAGCUGAGGGUAGAAAAUUCAAAUACAUAACUAAAUUGAAAGUUACGAGACAGUGAGCUCCAAAUUGCAGCCCUGAUUUUCUAAACAAAGGUUAAUGAUUCCUCGGGCAGUGCUGAAGAGGUUGCCUAGUAUUCUAUAUCCCAGUCUUUCCCCAAAUACUAGUAUCCAUAUAUAAAAAAUACCAGACAGGGAAGAUAUGGAUACUGUAUUAACUUGGGAAGGAGGGACUGCAACCAAGAGUAUACAUCUAGACCAGAGGUAACCUUAGGCAGCCAACUGGGAAUAAGCAGGGGGAGGCAUCAUACAUAGAACCAUUAAUUCAGGGGGAGCAUAGCUAAUUUCUAAUAAGGUAUGAAAAAGUAAGACAUUUGCCUUUCUUCAAGAGAUAUUCCCUUAAUAUAUGACUCCAACUCUGAGCAUGACAUAUGGUGAUGAUUUAGGGUGAUGACUCAGCAUUUGCUCUUUAGUAUUGCAUAAUAUCCCUCAUUGCUUGCUUGGGUACUAUGAGGCAGUCUCAUAAAUGAUGUGAUUCUGUUUCCGUGAUCUCUAAAAUAAUGAAUGCCCCCCCACGCCCGGUUUCUCCAACCCUUUUAUAAGAUUGUGCCUGAACAUCUAUUCUUAUGGGUUUGACUUUUUAACAUAUAUCUUCUAAUCGGCUGGUGUUAUAUAAAUCUAAUGGGGAUUUGGAGCCAAAUAAGUACCACUAGGAUCCAUAUACAGUAAAGCCAGAGGAUAGGUCUGAAAUCUGAGUCUCAAAUGGGUAUUAAAAUAAUCUGUUUUUCUCAAUUUCCUUUGAUCUAUGCCUUAUCAAUGUUUUUAACUAUGUUUUAUUUUUAAUGUUCUCUCUUAUGCAUUUCCUUCUUUAGUACUAUUUAAAUGUGAUCAAAGUCCUUGGGGAGCAUUUCUCUGAUUAUAGAAGGGAAGUCUGUGGAAACCAAUAGAUUGGAAAAAGAGGGACUCAUGCACAAAAAUGCAGGAAGAACAACAGGAGAUAUGUUACAUUUCAUCAGAUCUUAAGAUACCAUGAAUUAUAAAAAGAAACCUAUGUAUACUAAAAAAUAAAAUAUUGGCAAUUAAAUUACAUACCAUUAGUUCUAAAACACACCUGUUUCAGAAAUGUGAAGAUGAAAACAAAAAAUGUAUCUUAGGAUUGCUGAAAAAUGGUUCCUUUUCAGAGUUCAGGGGUUCAUCCAACUUGAUGCUUUAUUAGUACUCACUGAUUUGAGUUGAUGGUUUUGGAUAGUCUCAUUAAUUACCCAUCAUAUGCAAUUGAUAAUUCUGUUACUAGCAUAGCAAAGGUUUUAGGUUACAGAUUAUUUAGUAUUUGUUGUGUACUGGAGAUUAACUUUUCCAGUGCUUGAAAUUUUUUUAAUUGUGCUUUAGGUGGAAGUUUACAAUUCAAGUUAGUUUCUCAUACAAAAAUUUAUACACACAUUGUUAUGUGACCCUAGUUGCUC